CUUUACCAAUCUAUAAGCUCUAUAGUCAUCGUCUUCCUCCUCGCUCUUCGCCCUAAUCUGCAAUUUGGGGAAUAAGCUUUCAAAACCAUGUCUUCCUCCAAACGAAAUCACAAGGAAAAGAUAAUUCGUCACAAGAAAGAAGAGAAGGCGGAAGAACCGGAACUACCAAAGUACAGAGACAGAGCUAAAGAAAGGAGAGAAGAUCAAAAUCCGGAUUAUGAACUCACUGAAUUGGGCGCUUUUCAUGCUGUCGCUCCUCCUGGCAAUGUUGAUCUUCUGUCUGCUGAUGCUCAAAAAUUAUCUAUUGAGAAGAGCAAGUAUCUUGGAGGUGAUGUGGAACACACACAUUUGGUUAAAGGGUUAGAUUAUGCUUUACUUCACAAAGUGAGAAGUGAAAUAGAUAAGAAGCCAGAUGCUGGAGAUGAUUAUGAAGGAAAACCUAGAGCAUCAAAGGAAGAUCAGCAAAUGUCAUUCCGUACUGCAACUGCCAAGUCAGUAUACCAAUGGAUGAUCAAGCCUCAGACUGUUAUAAAGACCAAUGAAAUGUUUCUUCCUGGACGGAUGUCUUUUAUUUUUAAUAUGGAAGGUGGAUACAACACUGAUAUUCCAACCACUUUACACAGGAGCAAAGCUGACUGUCCAGUCCCUGAGGAAAUGGUUACAGUUAGUGUUGAUGGUUCUGUUCUAGACCGAAUAGCUAAAAUCAUGUCCUAUCUCCGUCUUGGAUCAUCAGGAAAAGUUCUCAAGAAGAAGAAGAAGGAAAAAGAUGGCAAAGGGAAGACUGUUAUAUCCAAUGGUUACGACGAAGUAUCGAAGUCUGAUGCAUCAAAGAGCCAAAAUGAUACAGAAACUGUGCCUCAAUCUGCACCGCUUCCUAAAAAGAACCAUUUAGAAAGAAAAGAGAAUCAGGGACCUGCUGUAGCUAGAGUUGAAGAAGAAGAUAUCUUCGUAGGGGAAGGUGUUGACUACUCUAUUCCUGCUGGAGAUAUGGGUCAAAGCCCUGUAUCAGAGGAUAUGGAAGAAUCUCCUCGAAACAAAGAGAGGACCUCAUAUUUCAGUGAACCUGCCUAUGGCCCAAUCCCGCCAUCUGAGCCUUCUCAUGAUUGGCAACAGGCGAAUGGAUAUGAUGCAAUGCAAGCACAAGCGCUAGCUGGUGUUUACCAACCAGAAUGGCAAGAUUAUCAGUAUUCUGAGCAGCUUGCUUACCCCGAGCAAUAUCUCCAGCAGAAUUAUGAUAUGCAAGCUGAUGCUGGCGUUCUACAGGAUCCACGAUUUAUGAGUCAAGAAGAAAAGGAUAGAGGGCUAGGUUCAGUAUUCAAGAGGGAUGAUCAAAGGCUUCAACAGCUGAGAGAGAGAGAUGCCAGAGAGAAGGAUCCUAAUUUCAUUUCUGAAAGCUAUUCUGAGUGCUAUCCUGGUUACCAAGAGUACAAUCGUGAGAUUGUUGACAGUGAUGAUGAAGCUGAUUUGUCAAAAAUGGACAUGGGUGGACGUGCAAAGGGUCGGCUUCACCGAUGGGACUUUGAGACAGAGGAGGAGUGGGCAACGUACAAUGAGCAGAAGGAAGCAAUGCCAAAAGCUGCAUUCCAGUUUGGAGUAAAAAUGCAGGAUGGUAGGAAGACCAGGAAACAAAACAAAGAGCAGAAACUUACCAAUGAGCUGCAUAAGAUAAACAAAAUACUCACCAGAAAGAAGACGGAGAAGGAGAAAGGCGAAAUGCUCGAGGACGGUGAAAUACAACCUGGAAAGAAGCUGCGUGUAUAAACAGAGGAAACGUAUGAUUUUUUCUGUCUUUGACUUUUAGAUCUUCUUCCUUACUUGGUGUUCAGAAUUUCUCGAAUUAGUGUUCAGAAUAUCUCGAAUUUGAAACGAUCUCUCGCCCUCAGAUAAAAGCUGGUCUUAGUUUCAUGAUGACCUUAAUGUACCUGUGAUACAAUGAUACCUGUAAUCCUAAGCUUCUUUUUAUUUUAAUUAUUUAGUAUUCGA